CCUUGAAUGAACCCCAUCGAACCUUUGAAUGCUCCCUUUACCAUCGAGUAGCGCUUAACUCUGGACUGAACCAAAAGUGCCAAACAAAUGAUAACGCGUUAUCAACCAAUGAAUCUUCAACAGUAGCCUCAAUUUGAUAUAAAUCAUAACGUGCCGACUCGGAAGCCAGUCACUUGAACGCGAUCAGCCCGCAAAAGCACACUAGCUUUAGUUUGGUGUGUUGUGUGUGUGACUGACUAAGUGUCCUACAGAGAUGGAUUUCGUCCUUGCUGUUGUGGUCUGUUUCCUGGGGUUGGUCCUGGCAUUGCCGGUGCUCAAGAGGCGGAAGACCUUCCGCAGGAUUUCCUACUACAUUGAUCAGCUACCAGGCGACAAAUGGUACCCCUUAGUGGGCAGUGUUGUUAGCCUCUGGGGCCUGAAGCGAGAAGACCUGUUCCAGGCCAUGGCCAAUCGGCACCUCCGAUUGGGGCCAAUUUUCCGCAACUGGUACGGAAGUCUGCCGGUGGUGCACCUGUACAAGCCCGAACACGUCCAGGUGGUGUUCAAGAGCAACACCAACAUCAACAAGGGGGUGUUCUAUAAGUAUCUGUUUCCCUGGCUGGGCCAGGGGCUGAUUUCUGGAAGUGGCCCCAAAUGGCGCGUGCAUAGGAAGAUCAUCACGCCGUCCUUCCACUUCAACAUCCUGGACUCCUAUGGGGAGAUCUUUGCGGAGAAGGGCGCCUGCCUGGCCAAAUACCUGCAGCGCUUUGAGGGCAAGGGAUUCGUCGAAAUCACUGGCGAUCUGACCAAAAUUGGCCUGGAUAUCAUAACCGAGACCGCAAUGGGAAUCAAGCUGGGGAUCCUUGAAGGCAACAACACUGAGGGCGUGGAAUACGCCAACGCAAUCAUGAGCUUCCUGCAGGUCACCUACCGACGCGUCGCCAACCCGCUCUACAACCUGGACUGGCUCUUCAAGCACACGGCGGUUGGGCGGGAGUCUGAGCGCUGCUGCAGCGUGAUCCACAGUUUCAACCAGCACAUCAUCCAGACGAGAAAGAGGCUGCUGGAGGCGCAGGGGGGCCUCGCCGUUGAGGAGGACGAGCUCGGGAGGAAGAAGAAGGUCUCCUUCCUGGACUUGCUGUUGAACUACCAGAGGAGCAAUCCGUUCGCCGAUGAGGAAGUUGAAGAUGAAGUCAGCACGUUUAUGUUUGGAGGGUUCGAUACCACGACUGCCACCCUCACCUGUGCCUUUGCCGCCUUGGGCAACCAUCCUGAGUACUUGGCGCGAGUCCAGGAAGAACUGGAUGAAAUCUUCAGCGAUGAGCCCACAAGGAAGGUGACCCCUCAGGACGUGGCCCGCAUGGAAUAUUUGGAUCGGGUGGUCAGGGAGGUGCUGCGCUGCUUCUGCUUCGUUCCGUUUAUUUACCGGAACCUGGACGAGGACAUCGCGAUUGAUGGAUAUACCAUUCCAAGGGGCGCCAAUCUGUCCAUUAGCUUGUACAAUUUACACCACGACCCCGACCAUUACCCCGAGCCGUUCAAGUUCGACCCUGAUCGAUUUCUGCCCGAGAACUGCGCCAAACGGCAUCCGUAUGCCUUUGUGCCCUUUAGUGCUGGGCCCAGGAACUGUCUUGGCCAAAAGUUUGCCAUGCGCAACGUCAAGACGCUGCUCGCGUGCGUGUUAAGGGAGUACAACGUCAAAUGCCAACAGCGUCUAGAAGACAUUAAGUACACCAUUGAAAUAGUGUUGCGUCCGGUAAAUGGGCUGCAUGUGGCUUUGGAGCGCAGAAAAUAGACUGACCAGGCGAGGCGGUUUUGACCGAAAAUACUCAAACAAGUAAUGGAAACGACAGAUCUAGAAAAAGACGCUCUAAAUCGAUGACGGAGGCCUUUUGUGAUGAGGCGGAUGUUGCGUAAACAUGGAUUGAGGGCUCUUUGAAUUGCAAUUAGUUUUAGAAAUAUAUAUUUUCGAAUUUG